AUGAAUGAGUUUGAUACACGUAAUGGUGCUGAAGUUGUUAUUGGAUCUUCUAGUAUGUACCCAUCAAUUGACAAUAGUUUAGCGAGUAACAUUAGUACUCUUGAUAAUCAAGAAGGUAUCAAUAGCACACACAGUAUUAUAAGUUCUUUAGAAGGUACACAUUUAGAAGAUGUUGCUUCAGGUAUUAAACAAAGAGGAAAAAUGUCUUCUAUUAGAAGAUUCUUCUGUUGUUUUGUUUUAUUCGAUCUUCUAUUAAUAAGUUUAAUUUGGUUAAUAUGUAUUACGAUAAUAGACAGUAACAAUAUAAUCAAAGUUAUAAAAAUGCAAAUUUUAAAUUACAAUAUAAGUACUUCUUUAUUUGAUUUAGUCGGUGCUGCAAUUAUUAGAUUCAUAAUUCUUUUACUUUUUAAUGGCAUUUUACAAUUAAAUACAAAAUUUUUUAUCGGCCUAACAACUUUUGCUACUCUACUUUUUUUAGUUUUUAAAGUUAUUUAUUACUCUUGGUCAUCGGAGGGUCAACCCACAUUUGCAGUUAUUAUUAUUUUAAUGUCUUUUAUUGUUGCCUGGUUGGAAGCUUGGUUUUUCGACUGUCGUGUUAUACCCCAAGAACUUUUUGCCUUGCAUUAUGUUCAAACAACGGGUAGACUAUCAGAAUCUUUAAAUAAUUUAAUGACUGAUAGAGAUUUUAGAAAUCCAUUAUUAAAAUCCUUUCGUGCAAGAUUUGCAGACUUUGAGGAAGGUGCUUCUUUUAAAAAUUAUUAUUCUCCAUUGGAGAGUCCUGAAGAAUCUGAUGAUGAAUCAAAUGUACCGAGAAUUCCAUCAAAACUACCGAAUUGUGAAUUUUUACAAAAAGGAAAAAAUACUUUAGAUACUGUUUGGACUAUUUUAAAUGAUCCAGGAUGGAAAUUACACAAGGAAAAUACCGAAGGGGAUUCCAUUUAUUUAAAAAAUGUUAAACAAUGGGGAAAUUUUUUUUUACUUAAAACUAAAGUUAAUAUGAACGCUGAAACGUUACUUUUAGAAUUAUUUAAAAAUAUUAAUAAUUAUAAAAAUUGGAAUCGAAAUAUAUUAGAAUGUAGAAAAAUUCUAGUCAUUGACGAUCAUACUGAUAUUAUAUACCAAGUAACUGCUCCAGGUGGAAACGGUGUGGUGUCUUCCAGAGAUUUUAUCACUCUUCGCCAUUGGGGCGUUAAAGAAAAUUGUUUCCUUCUCUCAGGCAUUUCAGUUUCAUAUCCUAGCUUUACCUCCACUAAAUCUUACAUACGUGGUGAAAACGGACCUUGCUGUUGGGCCUUGAGACCUGUUCCUGGUCAUUUAAAUAAAUGUUAUUUCGAUUUUCUAUUAAACACAAAUCUCAAUGGAUGGGUUCCUCAUUAUUUGGUGGAAAGUGCUAUAACUUUUGUACUACUCGAAUAUUCAACAUGUUUUAAAGAUUAUUGUAAGACUUUAAAUGAACGUAAAUAA